AUGACCCCUGACCCCCGUACCGGAAGUUUCUACCUCUCAGCGCUCCAGGCAUAUGAAGAAGCCCUCAAUGGAGACCAUCACAGUGGAGACUCAGAUGGAAGAUCUUACCAUCCUAGGUCCCCAUCUCCAGCAUCCUCCACAACAGUUCGAGCUGGGACCACUGGACAAAGAGUGGUAUUGCCAUGCAGCCUUGUUCACAGGGGAGACGGAUUCCAGGUUUUUGGAAUCCCAGAGGAGACAACUAGACAGGACUGGAUUGAAACCAACAACAACCCCCUUCCCCUCCCAGAGCCAGAGUGGCACUCCAAAGGAGUCCCUGCAUACCCCUUGUACCAUGGUCCCCUUAGACCAGAUUUGCCAACCCUCAGAGAUGCUGAGCGACCUUUUGUCACUAAGAACCAACAAAUCACAGAGGCCCACGCACUCGCCAGUCCUGUCAUCCCAUUCGAGCAACCUUGGACUCUGGUCCAUCUCAUGCUCAUCAAGUCCAGGCUCGACAUACAGUCUGCCAGGCUCCUCUCAGAAGUCAAGGCCCAUCUGGAGACCAGAAGAGAGGCAGCAGCACUCUCGAGAAGGGUCAGAGAGUAUGAGGAAUGUACCUGGCCCCACGAGUUUGAUGGAACUGCAGUCCCCAAUGAGACCCCAAGUCCUACCUGGGUCAUAGAUUCCGAUCACCCCACAGCAAACUUCGUUUGCCAUCAAUAUGGUGUCACAGAACCUGAAGUGUACUCGAUGACGAUGAAGCACACCGCUAUGCCAUGGCAUACUCCCAUCCAACCCUCCCAAACCCCUAUGCCAACAAAACCACCCAUAGGAGGGUACUACAAGGAGAUCCUGAGGCAGGUCCAUCAGGUACUCAAUACAGUGGUGGAGAUGGUCCCAGUACUCCUAUGGGGGUUGAACUGGGACAAAUUGUUUGAUGCUAUAGGCUAUGGCAUUUGCACUGAUCCUUGGUGGCGGAUGACCAAUGCAGGAAUCGAUUACAUUAGUGCUAACCGGAUAUAUGAUCAGUUCACAAUGACCAAUAUUAUAAUGGUAGAAAUGUAUUGCGUAACGGCAAACAUCUGGAACAUGAUCCACCCCAAAGAUCCGAAGGAACCUGGGGCCCCAUACUGCUGA